AUGUUUUCCGAACUGUUUUCAGCACAGAAGCACGGAGGUUCUGUGCGACCAAACUGCUUCCUCUUCUCGCACAUGCGUGGAGGGAACCCGAAUUCGAAGACAAAACCGGAACAAAGAGAAACCUGGAAGCGUACAGUGGUGAUGGGGUGGCAGUUGCGAUUCGACCGACGCUUCGCGGGGCCUGGCCCAUUUGAAGGAGCGAUAAUUCUCGCCGUUCAUUCAAUAAACUUCAUGAAAUAA